AUGUUUAAAGCAAGUGAUCCACGAUUUCAACAGGAAUAUGUAAAUAAUGAAUUUCGGCUUAAAUUCUAUCGUGGGGUUCCUUCUAUGUGUGAAAUGCUACCUUAAUGUUGCUCAAGUGACUCAAACAAAUCCCAUACUGACAUUUGGUAGCCAAACGCCACCAGAUGUCGCUAUCCCACCUGUGUUGCAGCUUAAGACCGGAGAUGACGUCAGAAUACCUUGUAACACGACAGCAGCGGCUGGAAAGGUUACCAUCACGUGGACCCACGAGACGGGUGUAUUUCCUAGCAAUGUCCAACAGAUCGGUGUGGAUCUGGUCAUUAUGAAUGCUGCUCGUGUGGAUAGCGGGAUAUAUUUAUGCCAUGUGAACAACAGCGCUGGUGUUGCUUAUAAGCUGCUUCAGGUUAUUGUCGGUGAAGCCGCUAUUACAGGCGCUACUUCAUUGAUCCAGCCCAAGGUUUCUCUGCCGGAUCAUAAGACAGUGCUCUACGGAGAAAACGUAACUUUAAAUUGUCACGUGACCGGAAGUCCGACACCCAGUGUACUUUGGCUUUUCAAAGACAGACUUAUCAAUGAUGACCACAUGAAGCAGGAGGGUAAUAAGUUGCACAUGACCAAUGCUACAUUAAAAGAAGAUGGAACAUUAACAUGUGUUGCCAAGAGUUUGGCAGGCGAGGUCAGAGGUCACAUGAACGUCUAUGUCGUUGGAAUUAUGCCUGUCAUUGACUACAUGUCGGAAUCUGCCUACGCAUUGGUCGGUUCGUCUGUUACAUUUCGCUGCCAAGCUUCCGGUAUUCCCAAACCUCAUCUGUAUUGGUACUUCAUAUCUGUAACGGGAGAGGUGGGAAUCCCGGAAUCUAACUACCAGAUUAGUCCUGACCACACCAGGCUGACCAUACACAGUGCUCACCAUUCCGGAACUGUCUGGUGCAUUGCCCGGAACUCGUACGGCGCCAACAACGCCAAAUCUUAUCUUUGGACCCGCCUACCGGACUUGAUUGGGUGAAGACAUGUGUAUGGUGAAGGAGAAAUAAAUAUAUGUGCAUAGCUUUAUCGAAUUC